CGCACAUUGCGUGCUGGGCGCACCAUGAGCGCGCACCAGCGAGCGAGGCCGACGAGCUCCUCCAAGACUUCAACCACCGCCGGUGACGUCGCCGAUCCCGUCGACCCCUCUUCUCCAAAGUCCCCCUCACACGCAACUGCACAACCUUCGGCGAGCUUGCCCACCUCCAACACUAUUUCGCCCACAAUAGAAGAAGCUGAAAUGCUCACAACCCUAGCGGUCCCAGCCUCUAUGGUCGUUUCGGACUCUCAAGAACUCGGGAUAACCAAGGAUGGCUUCGAUGGUCCAGCCGACGACCGGUCCAGCAGCUUGAGCGAGCUAGGAGAUGCCUCUGACGUGCAGUCUGUAGCCACUCCCAGGCCAACAACUGCCGUCGAUGCCAACGAGGACGAGUCAGAAGCAGAAACCGAGCGCCUAGAGAUCACGCCGCGCAAGUUGACCCGCACCGCUACAGAAACGUCGCUCGCCUCCGAACAAGUCUAUCAGAGAACGCCAAGUAAACUGGUUCAUUCAAAAGCGGUAGACGAUGACAGCUCUGUACCUCCCACCCCCUCACUCGUCCCCCCCGAAAGCGCGCCCACACAGGGAGAUGGUGAGAAUUCGGCCCUACACGCUCUAUCGGUUGCCUCUGAGGCGGCGAGUCUGGCCGAGCUGGCUGGGAAGAAGCGAAAGAGACCCAGCCCCGAAAAUAGUAGCCUUGAGGAAGACGCCGGCGAGCCCGCGCGGAAGCGUAGCGCCGGACUCAAUGGCACCCGUGAAGCUGAGGUCAACAGUUUGGCGCCAAUGGACGCGGAAGAAGAGCUUGAAAAUGCCGAAGAGCGGAUAUCACAGCUUGCGCAAGAGGAAGCUGACCUGGAAGAGCGCCAGGCAAACAUUGCAGUUGAAACAGUUAACGAACUGGCGACAGUCGCCAAGCACACAAAACCGCGCAAGGGCGGUCGGAGGGGCAAGCGAAAAGUAUUGGAAGAAUCGCUGGAGGCUAUUGCAAGCAUAGAGGCUGAAGGAGAAGGCGAUGGCGAUGAGGAGGAUAGCGGGAUCAUGGAUGAGGAAGUGGUCAAAAAGAAGCUUGCGAUAACCGAACUUGCGAAGAUUGAGAAAAAGUUCAAACUGUUCCGAGAGAAGCUAUGUGACGAAGAAAUAGCGCGUCAUGAAGCGGACCUUGAGAUGCUUCGUCAGCCCCACUGCACCCAUCCCGAAUACCUUGCUAUGAUCAAAUGCAUAGACGACCGCCGCGCGGAGAAGGUUGCCUACGAAAGAAAACUCCUACUUUUCAAACAGCGGAACCUUGAAAUAAUCACAGAAGCCGAACGACAUCAGCAACACAGCCAAUUCCUCCAAACGGUGCGCGAUGUGCGAGAGCGUGUGCUCUCUGACUGCAAUCAACGAAUAUUCGAGCUUCAACGCGGUCGUAGGCAGCUGGGUGUGGAAGAGGUAGAAUACACGGUGAAGUUGCCCGAGAAGAGAUCAGAUCAGAUCCGGCAGCAAGCGGCGUACAAUCUCGAGGUUUCUAUUUUGUCUGGAAUAGCCAAGUACGUCGGGUUUCCUGCUGCGCCCGAGAUACGGGCAGCGCGGCCAGCCGAAGUCGAUGACGAUCUCCGAGCGAUGAAGAUUGUCACUCGUCCUACGGUACCACCCCCGCCUGUUUCCUAUGUUCGACCUGCAGCAUACGGCCGCACAUCGACGGCCGACGAAGCCGCUGCAGAAGAGCAGUUCCUCGAGAGAACGCCGUGGGCUAAUCCUCAACAUCCCGCGCACCAGCAGUCGCAUUAUGGGGCCGCGCAAAACUACCAAACCCCCAUCGGCCAGCGCCGCUUCGAUCCACCCAACGGCUCCGCAUCGACCAUCGAAGCACACUCGAAUCCACCAUCUUCGGGCAUGCAAGCGACCAACGGGAACCACCUCAACGGUGGUCGCAUUGCCGAGUCGGAAUCUCCUGUACUGCAAAUGAAGCGCCAUCCUUUGAUGGACCAGCACCACCAGCACCAUCAACAUCUUCAACAACAACAUCCACAUCAACAAUUUUAUGCUGAAUCCCCUAGUUCCCUCUCCCGUCACCACGUUUCUAGAGAAGCGGCGCCCCCACAACCCCUACCGCUGCAACAUCCACAUCCGCAUCAUCAACACCACGUUUUAUCGAGCCCAGCCACUGGCGCAUACAAUUAUAAUCAAAACAACACUGUAAACCACCAUGAAGCAGACGAUCAGGCAGCGCGGUGGGGUAGUGGAGUAGGCAUGAGGCCCGGUAUAGGUGUGUCGUCAAUACCACCGCCACCGCCGUCGGCCUCUGGACGUCCGGACGCUGCAACAGCGCCCGCAGCCAGGAUGCCCAUGGUGCAGAGGGUCGGGGGCAAUGGAAUGUUCGGACGAUGA